AUGUUAGCUAAGGAGGGAGAAUAUGUUCCCCCGACUCCACAGAUUCGUAACUUGACUGCUGACUUUCCAGCCCGCACGCUGACCUUGGAGUGGGAUGAUGGCGGCUCCACUGUCUCAUAUGACACGGAUGUUACCUGGGAAAUUCAGAUUUUGCGUAAAGACCCCAUGGAGACUGUGGCACUGGAAACCUAUCAUUCAAAAUUAACUAGUCAAAAAGAUACCACCCUCUAUUGGAGCUGGACAUCAGACUUACCUUUUGAGUGUACCACUCACUAUGUCCAGAUUCGCUGUAACCAUCAAGUGCAAUACUUUCGGCAGACCACAUUGUGGAGUGAGUGGAGUGAGUUAGCCAACAUAUCAGGCCUAGAUACAGGCAAGAUCGAGAAGGUUAGAAUGUUUCCUUUUGAUGAAGUGGUGGAAGUUGGGUCCGACUUGAAGUUCUGCUGUGUGUGGGGGAACGAUCAACGUUUACGCAGUAUACAGUUUGAUAUGUAUCCACCUGAGCAGAGCCUGCCUAUCCGUCUCUCCAACUGGAGUAGUAUGAUCUACGUGCCAAAUGUUAACAAGAGCAUUCCAGCUGGGUCGAACGCAUGGUGUAUUGUUACAAAGCCCUAUGACCUUAAUGGAGCUACUAUCUUUAUAGGCUACCCCCCUGAUAUCCCACAGAAUCUAACGUGUGAGACGUCAGACUUGAAGGAAAUCACUUGUGGAUGGGGAGAGGGAAGAAACACUGGUUUGUAUAGUCCAUGGCGAAGAACGAACUGGACUUUGUUUGAAAGUAUAUCUGGGGAAAAUGUUACAUAUAAUAAAAAUGACUAUCCUCAAUACUAUCGCUGUAAUUUUCCAGUUCUCGAUGGUCAGAGAAUGUAUAACUUUACAGUUCAUGGGGUCAAUCCUCUUGGUCAAUCGGAAUCCUCUAUUUUAAUUGAUAUAAAUUAUAGAGUUCUUCCAUCAGCCCCUACAGCAUUAACUGUGACUGACAAUAACGCAACUCACGUCACUCUGUCCUGGCGUCUCUCUGGCAAUUUGACACCAAUUAUGCUUCAGUGUAUGAUUCGAAUUAAAAAUAGAGAGACCACAGAAUUUUUGAAAGUUCAGCUGGAUGGUACCGAAAGUUCGGAUUACUCGACCUCUGUGGAGAAAUUGCAUCCCUACACAAAGUAUGCUUUCCGAGUUCGUUGCUCAGCUGCUGAGCCCUUCUUCUGGAAGUGGAGCAAAUGGAGUGAGAGUAGACAGCACACAACUCUGGAAGCCCUUCCGGCAAGAGGACCAGAUGUUUGGCGAGAGAGAAGUCUUGAUGGAAAAGCUGUAAACAUCUUUUGGAAGCCACUGCCUGUUUCUGAAACAAAUGGAUUGAUACUGAUGUAUGAAGUGCAUUGGUCUGAACCAGAGAAAGGCUUGAGGUCACAGGAGGUUCCUGCACACCACAACAGCACUACGAUAAAUCUUGAGGGAAAUGAUUAUGACUUUCAAGUCACAGCAAAGAACAAAGCGGGCUCCUCUCCUCCUUCAACAAUAAAGAGUGCAGAAGUUCUGAAUGAAAAUCCUAUGACAGAAGAGGGUUUUGCAACAGGGGAUGGGGUUUCCUUUGAUUGGGGCCCUGAUUCUGAAGUCACCUGUGGCUAUACAGUGAGAUGGUGUUAUCCAUCUGGUCCUGAACCGUGUGUUGUCGACUGGGAAAUGUUUUCUUCCGAUGUGACGCAUGCUGUGAUCAAAUCUGCUCAUUUCCAGCCAGGAGUGAGGUACCAAUUUUCUGUCCUUGGCUGCAAAGACAAUGGAUAUCAGCUAAAGAAAUACAUAAACGGUUACACAAAAGAGCUGAGCCCAAGAAUUGCCCCCAAUGUGGAAGUGGAAUACACCACUUCGGAUUCCAUCGUGAUAACAUGGGAGGCACUUCCUGUCAAUGAGAGUGGUGGCUUUUUAAAAGGCUAUUUACUUGAGUUUGCCAAAGGGGAAGAAGACAGAAUAAAGUCCAGGAGUUUUGAGACAGAGAUGUUUAAUAUUACGGAGCCUAAGCAAACAAAACUCAGAAUAUCAAAACUUCAAGGGAAAACCAGCUACCACCUGAAUUUAAGCGCCUACACUGCUGGAGGGAUUGGACCUGGGCGCAGCUUGUACGUGAUCACGAAGGAAAACUCAGUGGGAUUAAUUAUUGCCAUAAUCAUUCCAGUGGCCAUUGUUGUCGUGCUUGCAUUGGUAACCAGCAUCCUUUGCUACCGGAAGAGGGAAUGGAUUAAGGAAACCUUCUAUCCUGACAUUCCAAACCCUGUGAACAGCAAAGCUUUGGAGUUCCAGAAGGGUCCAUGUGAGGGAAAGGCUAACCCUAAAACCUUGGAGAUGAAUCCAUGUACCCCCAACAACAUUGAAGUGGUGGAAACACUGUCCCCAUGCCUCAAGGUAGAGGACACGGCAAUUACAUCCCCCGUGGCAGAUGAGCUCCCAGAAGAUGGUUUUGACUCUGAAUCAGAGAGCCAUAUUGUUGUCUCCUACUGCCCACCAAUCAUAGAAGAGGAGAUCUCCAAUCCCCCAGGAGAUGAGUCCAUGGGGUCUUCCCAGGUUGUUUAUAUUAACUUCCAGUCGAUGUAUCCUCCUCAAGUCAGAGUGGAGGAAGAACCAGGGGCGGACUGUGUGGCCACUGCUGGCUACAAGCCCCAAUUGCAGCUGCCUAUAAAUAGCUUAAUAAAAAUGGAGGACACAUCAUCUGCGGAAGAGUAUAUGGACAAGGGUGCAGGCUAUAGACCUCAAGUGAAUCCACCCACAUGGAACACAGGCUGCCCAGAUUCUCCUGGAUCCACCGAGAGUAACAAUGAAAAUGCCUCAUUUGGAAGCCCUUGUUCAAUUAAUUCUCGACAGUUUUUGAUCCCACCCAAAGAGGAUGAAGACUCCCCCAAAGUCAUCACCACAGGGUGGAACUUCACAAAUUUCUUUCACAACAAACCAAAUGAUUAGCAUCGCAAUGAUAAAACUUGCCUUGAAAGCUUCCGUAUGCUGGGACUUGUUUUAAGCGUAGCGCCAAGAGGUGCUGUGCAGUGGGUUUUAUAAUUUUCAUUUCAGUGAAAUUGAAUGUUAACCUUGUAUAAGUUGCAGUGUAUAGUGGCAAGGUUUCACUGUUAAUGCUGGCUGAGCUGCUAAUUUGUAGUAUCUCAGUUAGGGAGGGGCACUUUGUGGGUAACCUUUUGUUAUAAUUGAAGCCAAAGAACAGCCACAGUCCCACAUCUGCUUCCAGGCAGUUUUUCCCCCGCUGUCAGAGGGGCACAACGUUCUUUUUGUGACUCUCUGAUUCCUUGUUCUGCAUUGAUAGAAUGGGUAAAUUGAUAGAACUGUGCCCUUGGGGGACUCUAUUUGGAUGGAAAGGUGGCAUAUAAAUGGUUUAAAUAAAGCCUAACCUACUUCCAAAAUGUAGAAGGAAAAAAUAAUUUGUCAUUAUAAGCUUAGCCUUUGGUCUGGAGACAAUUAUGAGAGUUGUAAAAAUGUGGCGCAUGUAGUAGCAUUAAGGAUGGCCUCCUUGUCCACCCAUCCAGUUGCUGUCCAAUCAGAGGCAUUUUAAAACAGUUUUAGAGUUCUGGGCAACGUUGUCCAACACUACCGUACUGCAUUGAUGAUCAAUGGGAGCCAUUAGUCCUUGAACUGAUCUGCAGAACACCUUACACUAAAAGCAGUCUUGUUUAUUGUGUUGUUUUGUUUAAUAUCUGUGCAGCUAAACCAGAUUUUGCCCUAACCGGGAUGGCCCAGGCUAGCCAAAUCUCAUCAGAUCUCAGAAGCUAAGCAGGGUCGGUCCUGGUUAGUACUUGGAUGGGAAACAGAAUUGCUACGCAGAGGCAGGUGAAGCCAAACGACCUUUGUUAGUAGGCAUAAGUCAACCGGGACUUGACAGCACUUUCCACCACACCAGUUUUUGAGCUGAAGAAAUCCAGGAGAGCUGGCUUGUCCAUCACAACCUCAGCUUGAGAUGUCCGUGUUUGUUUUGACAAGCCUGGAUGCUUGUUUCUGUACCUGCUGUAUAAAUGUAUAUGCAAAAAAGUUGACUCAGGGGUGCAAAAACGAGUGUAACACUGAUUUUAAAAUCUCAGUCAGGAAUAGAUUAAAGUUUUAGCUUCCAGCAUUUUAAAUGCUGCUUACCUUUUUAUUUUUUUAAAAAAAUCAAUAACUGUAAUUGACUGAAAUCACGUAGUCAUGCCAGGUUAGCAUUAAUCUUUAUAACAUGCUUCAUUUUUGUGUGGUUUUAUUUUUUGGUUUUUUUCCCCUACAGGCCCAUUCAGUUACAUGAAUCCCCCUCCCCCCCCCCCCCAAAGUCUGCAGUGGUAUAGCCCAGGCACUGGCUUUCCAUCUUAGGCCACAGUUUUGUUUGCACAUCCAUGGAAACCACUUUGUCACUUGCGUUUAUAUGAUAAUCCCAUAGGCAGAUAAUCCCAAGUAAGACUAUUUAGCUACAGUGAGAAUGUCUUCCAUAGCACUUUCCUGCUCAUAUGCCGCCAAUAGAAGCAGGAUAAACUUGAGAACUGUUCCUCUCCUUAAUUUGCAUGGAAAACCUUUGUCAUCUGUAUACAUUUUCCCUGUAUAAGUAUCAGAAGUGGAGCUUCUUUCCCUGAAUUUCCUUUCUGUUUGCUCAAUAUUUGCCCAAAGUAAAAGUGGAAAGCAGGUGUUUGUUUAUACAACUCCCCAUCCUGGAUGUCUUUAAAUCUGCCACUGGCAGAAGAAAAGAACUUUUCAGACUUGGGGUAGAAAUAGAUGGACUUUCAUUUUAAAUGAAGCUAUACCAGAUUUUAACAUUUACAUUAUAUAUAUAUAUAUAUAUAUAUAUUUGCAUGUGCACUUCUGUAAUUAUACACUACUUGUAGAGCUGCUGCUUUAUAUAUUCGAGGCAUAUAACUUUUUCAGACUUCUUCAUUGGCAACCAAAUAUUGGAUGCCUUUGUGUGUAGGAGUCUCCAAAGAAGUCAACUCAAGGGACCAAUGCACUGACCUUCCGUUCUGAGUCUAAUUUCAGCCCCAGUGCGUCCCACAUGUGAACUCAGCUGUAUAUCAGAGAUUUUCAACUGAACUAUGGAAUGACUGUUGCAUUUCCAGCUGCAGUCUGAAAUGCAUCAGAUAUCCUGGUUGUAUUCAGGUCUGCCACAUUUUCAGUGGCUGUUUAAUAACAUGAUUUGGCGGAUCUGAGCAGGGAAUUUUCUGAUUUUCUUGGUCAAAAAGUACUUUAAAAAAUGCAGUCAUAGUUAUGCCUUUCGUGUGAAGGGUAAAUCUUUUUACUUUCGUUGACUAGGGAAAAAACCCGCAAUUUCCAACAGAUGUCAGUAUCCCUUUUUGUUUAUGUGGUGGCAACUCUUGCCUAGCAGUCACCAUCUUAGGUUUGAAAGGGCUAUAUAGUCUAGCCUUCUACUCAACAUAGGAAACUUCAAACCAUCCCCAACAGAUGGCUGGCCAGUAUCUCUGUGAAGACCUUCGGCAAAGGAGAGAGCUCCCACUCAAUGUCUAUUAAUCCUAUCCAUUCAUUUCUAUUCUGACCUUUCCCCCAAGGAGCUCAGCUUCUGUGGCCACAUAAAUCUCCCACAUCUCUCAAUGCAUACUUUUGUUCACAUUCCCUUGAAAAACAAAGGAGGGGCACUUUGUCAGAGAUGCUAAACUAUGUACAAAAUAUAGCUCCUCAAGUUGAUUCAUCUCUAAUUUCAGUGACCCAGUUCUGUUGAAGUCAUUACAGCCCGGGGUCUGUGGAAGCGUAGCCUUAGUCCCACUACUCCGACUUUUUAAAAGUUGUGGUUCAAACGAAAGGCUGGAGAAUCAGAUGCGAGAAUGGACUGCACCAUUCUCAGGCAGUAGAGUGCAAUGAUCAUGGAAAACGUAUCACAUUUUGAAACACUUUCAAAAUGCCAGUUUGGUGUAGUGGUUAAGUGUGCAGACUCUUAUCUGGGAGAACUGGGUUUGAUUCCCCGCUCCUCCACUUGCACCUGCUGGAAUGGCCUUGGGUCAGCCAUAGCUCUUGUUGGAGUUGUCCUUGAAAAGGCACCUGCUGUGAGGGCCCUCUCAGCCCCACCCACCUCACAGGGUGUCUUUAUAAAAAAAUAAAUAGUAAAGGGAUAGUCAAAGCUGGAGUUCAUCAGUGGAAGGUUGAUGUGGGUGCAGCCCAUUCCUCCCCCUCAUUCCCCUGUAGGCCAGAUUGAAGCCUAAGAAACAUCUUAAGAGAGGGAUAGUGUCUGAGAGUGGGAAAAGCAGACUGAUCUUCCAUAUGACUUUUUUUUAAAUUCUUUCUGUGGUGCUAUAUAUUCUUGGUAAGAAUCUGAGGUGAAUUCUGAAAUCAUCUGUGCUUUAGACAAAAGGUAAGAACAGCGCUUGCCUCCGUUUCGAUUUUUCACAGUGAAUGUAGAGGUUAGACUGGAUGGUUCUCUAGUUUCAAAAGAGCAUCUUUAGUAGCAAAGAAUUUACAUGAGAUCCAUAAAGGCUGAAUUGAAAUUGUUUGUCUUUUCAAGGGCAGUUUUGUGAAACAUCUCUCUUAAAAGGGAGUUUUGGAAAGGAUUCUGUAGUUAAUCUGUUCUUUGUACCUCUUUGGGGGGAGGGGGGAAGAACAGGAUAAAAUGCUGGCACUUCAAUUGGUAGCAUUUGAUCUUUUUUUAAAAAAAAAUUGUUUCCUUCACUUUAAAUGCCUUGCGGAAAAUUCUGAAGUACUUUGCUUCUGUUUUGAGCCAUAUGAAGUUUUACGUGUGUUUUUGAAAUCAUUUUGUUAAAAGGAAGAAAGAGAGUGAAUUUAUUUUUGGAAAAAAAAACAUUAUGGCCUUUAAUUCAUUAUCUGUGUGUUGCUUUUGUGUUAGCCGACGUAGAGGAAAGGAACUGUGAAUCCUGUUUUUGAAAUGGCAUUUUUGAACUGAAUGUACAUUUUGAAUAACCUGCAUAUGAUAUAUACCUCACACAGACAUUACCACCGUGUUGUAAGCUAAGUUUAAAAGCAUAGUAGGGCAUUGUGGUCACUUUGGGUCAUAGAGAAAAUUUCUCAUUACAUUGCUCGUUGGUUCCAUGUACCAACAGUUCAGUGAACACUACACAAGACCAGCAGGUUGGCAGGGGGAGUGUGGUUAUGAACCCGAAUGCCUGCAAUCAAGAACGUCCAUUAUUACUGUUGUAUGUAGCAGGAGUCACCAUUGUGCAUUAUGCUUCAGACAGAGUGGCUAUUAUUGCCUUUUAGGGUCCACCUGCAGAAACAUCUCAGAAAGGUCCAAAAAUGCAGGCAACAUGUUGCUUGGGUUGGCCACCACAAUGCAUAGAGGCUCUUCAAGCCUGCCCCUAAGGCCAAACAAGGAGGCACUGUGGGAGGAGAUCUCCACCAGCCCCUCCACUAAUAUGGCAGACUUUUAGAUGUCAACAGGUGGGGACAGAGUGCCUGCAAAAAUCCAUCUUUCUUCCACGAUGGUUCCUAAAUUUCAGGAUGAUCACUGAAGUGCUUAGACCACGGCUGCCAUACAGAUACAACCAAAGAGGCAUUGCAGCUCAUCUUGAGAGAGGUUCUUCUUGAAUGCUGUUGAUUGUUUGCCCAUUUUCAGAACAGUUCUACUGGAUGCAAGUUUUCAUCUACCCAAGUUGGGAGAUGAUUCAUUCACUCCAAUAGGGCUUGCAGCAUUGCACUGUGAAAACGCAGUAAGAAUGUGGAUCCCUUCUAGAGCAUCACGUUCUUGAACAGCAUGGGCUUCCAUUGGACCUGGUUUUAAGUGUACUGAGGCCAAUGGUGAGCUCACACUGAGAUGCAACAAGAAAAGAGUUAGGACAAUUUAUAGGCAUUGAUUGAACAGCGGUAUUUUUUUUUUUUUCAAAUUGAGUUAGGACAAUUUAUAGACAUUGAUGUAACGCCAGUCUUUUUUCAAACUGGUCUUUCUUACAAACUUAUCACUGGUUCCAUAAAUAAAAAAUAAGUAAUGGCAGACAUGUUCCCUUAAACCAUCCACUUCUGGUCUCCUCUGCAAGGUACAAUGGUGUUGUGUAUGAACUCUAACAUAAGUCCCUUAAGUCCUGAAGGGACUUUUAGGUCUGUGUUCCAUAUGAACUGAAAGUGCACCUGAGCCACUAAAAUAUGUCCCAGAAUCCUUUGCCUGGUUCAGUGUGUUAAGCAUUUUCUGAAGGUGUAAAGAAUUUAUUCCUACCAUUUUCCAGUGGAUCUUCCCCACUGAGUGAUUUGUGAAUUAUAACUACUAAACUGGCAAUGCUAGACAAACUUUGGUGGGUUAGAUUGUUUUUGCCUUUUCUGUGUGGUCAUUUGGCUGAGGCCUUCAUUAUGAAUGUGAAAUCCUCUGGAAUGAGAACAUUGAAGGAAGUAGAGAUGAGGAAGUUGAAUUGGGGCAGUGAGCAAGAAUGGGAAAAAAAGAAAGGGGUCGGGGGGACUACUAAAUGUUACUUGUAUGAUAAAUGUUGUAUUUUAUAGCUCAAUAAAUGCUAACAGAUUUUAUUAAAAUGUAGAUAGCAUAUUAAAUAUUCUGUAUGGAUGUGAAGAUAAUUCCAAAGGUUUUUGAAAUAUUAAAUAAGCAUUAUAAUAUUAAUCCAACUGGAAUACUUAACAGUUGCUUAAAUUUUGGGGCCGUUUUCUGUGCAAACUAUCUUCCCUUUUAGGCUGGAUACACAGAGCUGCUGCAUUUGGCAAUUGGGCACCAAGUGACUCAAAAGGUGUUUGUCUUAAGCAAACCUACAUGAUGUAUGCAAACAAAUGUAUUUUUUAUUCUACUGUAUAUGUUGAAAUCUCUGGGAAGCCUUUUGAGACUGUUUUUCAAUCUCAUCCUGUGUCUUUGGCGCCGAGAAGCUCAUUGCUUUAUGCCAGUGAAGGAAAUCCCAUCUGAACUCUUUAGGUCUCUCUGUAAGGUAUUUUAUUGCAAAACUAGAAAUGUGUUAGUAACUUCCAGUGUUCAGUUGAAGUAAUUGUUUGAUCCUUAUGCCAGUAACAUGUUUUUAGCACUAGAGAAAGGACUAAACCUCUCCCGCUAAGCAGUGAAACAUCAGUGCUGCCGGUUUAACUGAGCUAAGAAAUCAGUGGAGAAGAGCUGAUGCUUAAUAAUAGCUGUGCUGCAAAAUCAGACGUAAAGUAGCCAUAUGUUGCCAUGCACAGUUAUCCAGGUAGACUUUUGGGAUGGAAUAUAACAUUGGGAGACACAGAUGGGGAAGAAGAGGUGGUCAGUACUAAUAUUACUAAACUUAGCAUGAACAUACGGCAAGCUUGCCUGGUUAUCAUAGUGGCAAUGUACUGCUUAUCCAUUUUACAAAUAUGCAUGUAUUUAAGAGUUUGCCAGACUAUUGCCAUGAAAUUUAAUAAAUGUAUUUUCUUA